GGCUGGGGUCCAGCCUGACCGCCUCGAUGGAGCUGAGAGUCGGCAACCGGUACCGGCUUGGCCGGAAGAUCGGAAGCGGCUCCUUCGGGGACAUUUACCUGGGGACUGACAUUGCUGCUGGAGAAGAGGUCGCCAUCAAACUGGAAUGUGUGAAAACCAAACAUCCUCAACUUCACAUAGAGAGCAAAAUUUACAAAAUGAUGCAGGGUGGAGUGGGGAUUCCCACAAUCAAAUGGUGUGGUGCUGAAGGUGACUACAAUGUAAUGGUGAUGGAGUUGUUGGGACCAAGCCUUGAAGAUCUCUUUAACUUCUGUUCAAGGAAAUUCAGCCUCAAAACAGUCCUAUUACUUGCUGACCAAAUGAUUAGUCGAAUAGAAUAUAUUCAUUCAAAGAACUUCAUCCACCGAGAUGUAAAGCCUGACAACUUCCUGAUGGGACUAGGCAAGAAGGGCAAUCUUGUCUAUAUCAUAGAUUUUGGGCUGGCCAAGAAAUACCGGGAUGCUCGUACCCACCAGCACAUUCCAUAUCGUGAAAAUAAAAACUUAACAGGAACUGCCCGCUAUGCCUCCAUCAACACUCAUCUUGGAAUUGAACAAUCUCGCAGAGAUGACUUGGAGUCCUUGGGCUAUGUACUCAUGUAUUUUAACCUGGGCUCCCUCCCCUGGCAGGGAUUGAAAGCAGCCACAAAGAGACAGAAAUAUGAACGCAUCAGUGAAAAGAAAAUGUCUACACCCAUUGAGGUUUUGUGUAAAGGAUACCCUUCCGAGUUUGCUACAUACUUGAAUUUCUGCCGCUCAUUGCGUUUUGAUGACAAACCAGAUUAUUCUUAUCUAAGACAAUUAUUCAGAAACCUCUUCCACAGACAAGGCUUCUCCUAUGAUUAUGUGUUUGAUUGGAACAUGCUCAAAUUUGGUGCCAGCCGAGCAGUUGAAGAUGCUGAGCGUGAACGAAGGGAGAGGGAAGAAAGACUGAGACAUACACGAAACCCAGCAGUUCGUGGUUUACCAUCCACUGCCUCUGGCAGACUGAGAGGGACACAAGAUGUAGCCCCACCAACUCCUCUUACCCCAACCUCACAUACUGCAAACACCUCUCCUCGUCCAGUAUCUGGAAUGGAGCGAGAACGGAAAGUGAGUAUGCGAUUGCAUCGUGGUGCCCCUGUCAAUAUCUCCUCGUCUGAUUUAACAGGCCGACAAGAUACCUCGCGCAUGUCAACCUCACAGAAUAGCAUUCCCUUCGAACACCAUGGCAAGUAGCUGCUCGUCUCCUUCUCGUUGGAAAGCAGCACUGGAUUCCUGCUCUGGCGACAACCAGCGUUCUCCAGUCUGCUGUGCAUCGGUGAAAUAAGGUUGCCAUUGAGGGGCAGAUAAUGCAUGGCUGAUCUCCUAUGUUACCAAUGGCUUUUACUAGCAAAGCUCCCCCAAACUAGAGCAGAAGAAAUAUUACAACUGGAUCUCUCCUUGCCACUUACUAAAGAUACUCACAGGAACACGGACAGAAUCCAGCAGCUGCCACUACAAGAGGCUUUGGCCAGAAACCUGAUAACCUGGUGUGAACUCUAGCAACAGGGCUAGAAAAGGAAGAGACACUUUACAGCAUUAACCGCCUGUUAUUUAAUAGCCAUUUCAGUUUUCCCUCCACAGGCGGGCAGCCUUUACCCUCUUUUUAUUGUUCUACUUGUAACUAUAAAUCUUUUACUUGGUUUAAGAAAGUUUUGUAUUCAUUUUGCUAAGAUUUAUUGGCUUAACUCUCUGUAAAGAAUUCACUCUCGCUUUUGUCUGAUCUGAAACUUAUGUAGAAAUGUGAACAAUCUUGAAGUUUAAAAAAGACUUGAACUUCUUGUAAACUUACAUCAGGCAGGGAAUGUGUAAAUGAAUUAGAACAGUUUGAUUUCACUUUACACUGUUUGCUUUUUGUAUGGUCCCAUUCUAAA